AUGAGCCAACCAAACUACGGUUAUCCUCCUAAUCAACCUUAUUGCAACCAGCAACCCGGCUAUUAUCCUCAACAACCCGGCUAUUAUCCUCCACCGCCACCACAGACAGUCUAG